GAUAUACGUCUCAGGGAUACAGGAAAUACGGUAACAGCGAAACCAGGAGGAAGCCAGCCCCGUGCCUGGAGGGGAUCCGCCAUCUCAGAUCUCUCGGCCUUGCCAGGGCCCACCAGAGAAAACUGACGCUCUGGUCCGGCCAUACCUAUGGGGGACCAACCUUGUGCCUCCGGGGGAUCCACGCUCCCACCAGGAGAAACGCGGGAACCCAAGCCUCCAAGAAAGCGCUGUCUCCUGGCUCCGCGGUGGGAUUAUCCCGAAGGGACUCCCAGUGGAGGUAAUACCACUCUCCCCUCGGCGCCUCCUCCUGCAUCUGAUGGACUGAAGUCGCACCCUCCUCCUCCGGAGAAGUAGUGAAAUAGAUUUUUCCCAGCCUAAAUCAGUCGUUGAGAGGUUGCAGUAUGAUUCCAUUUCCCUGGUGCGUUUGUAACACAGUUCACCCAUUGACCACCAUGAAGAUUCUUGCCAAUGCUACCCUGCUUUUGCUGGUGUCCCGCAGCUGGAAGUUGUGUUGCUAAAGGCUCAUCUUAUAUUUUCUACCCCAUUGACCAUUUCUCUAUUUGACUGUGUUCCUGGGAGAUCAUAUUGCAAGCUGAGACAUUGUACCAGGUGCCCAUACUGCCAAAAUAAGAUGUCUAACUCACCCACUAAAGCCAUAAACCAGUUUGUAUUAUGAUGUAAUGAAUGUGAUUUCACCUCCAGAAUUUGGAUGAAUUUAGGACGUGGGCAAGAUCGGGUUGUAUACUUCUAGGACUGAAGGCCAUGGUGUGUGUGGAUCAUGGUAAACUCACCAAAGCAAGCCCUUGACAUGGUCCUGCAGAAGCCAAUCAUUGCUCUCUUUUGUUGACACCUAGUCUUUGCUCUAUUGCAUUAAAGCUUCAUAAAUGCAUUGAUGUCCAAAUAAAUUUUGUCUUGUUGCUGUGUUAUAG